AUGGUCUGUGCAGGGAUUGUGCCGAAAGUCACGAGUAUUUACUGUAGAGUAGUUGGACGGGCUGUGCGCGCCACCGGAGUGGGCGACUUGCUAGCGCGUCAGCAGGGGCUGUGGCGCAACGUUCCGGGAAAUGCUCCGCACUUGCCUUGUCGAGACUGGUCACUAGCUGGUUGCCUGAGUUCCAAGUCUUUAACUACCUGGAGCGCAACCUAUACCGCGAGAGGUGUGCGGGAGUCGGAACCUCGUUUGCCACCAGUUGGGCUUGCCGCCGCCCCUCUUUGGCGCACGGGUGCGCGGGCGCUUAGUACACAGCCACAGCCAGAUACGUCUUCAACAACAACAAUAACCGACGCGACUGGAAGGCCGGACGAGACACCAUACCAGCCAGUUAGAGACGCACCGCCCAAGAGCGACCCGAACUACCCGUGGAAGUGGCACAGCUUCCUGCCCGAGCACACCUAUAAACCAAACUUGAACGUCGAUCUGAAGCGACACGUGCAACCAACAGGAUUUAGUGACCGCUUUGCAUACUAUACGGUGAAGUUUCUGCGCUUUUUUGCCGAUGCCUUCUUCCAAAGACGUUAUGGCCACCGUGCAGUUGUGCUCGAGACCGUUGCAGCCGUUCCUGGUAUGGUAGGUGGCAUGAUGCUCCAUCUGCAGUGCCUGCGUCGUUUCCGUCAGUCUGGCGGCUGGAUUCGAGUCUUGCUCGAGGAGGCCGAAAACGAGCGUAUGCACCUCAUGGUUUACAUGUCGAUUGCACAACCAAGGGCGCUGGAGCGCGCGCUCGUGAUCCUCGCCCAGGCUGGCUUUUUCAGUUUCUAUACAUUGCUGUACACAAUAUCACCAAAGACCGCACAUCGAUUGGUUGGUUAUCUCGAAGAGGAGGCGAUUGUAUCCUACACGGAAUAUUUGAAGGACAUCGACGACGGCCGCAUCCCGAAUAUUCCCGCGCCACCCAUUGCGAUUGACUAUUGGCAGCUGGACCCGAAUGCGCGUUUACGGGACGUCGUCCUGGCGACGCGCGCAGAUGAGGCGCACCACCGGGAUGUGAAUCACUUGCGCGCUAACCUCAUUAAAGCGCAUCGCGGGGACCCGGCGCCCUACGCUGCUCUGAAGCACGGCGAGGUGGAUCCCAGUCAAUACGGAAGCUGA